AUGGCUGGUGGCAUGGCAUCCCAAGGCAUCUCGGCCAAGCGAGCCGAGCUGACUAGUGGUAAAGUUGGCUGGCGUGGUCUGCUCAGCAGCAAGAAGACUUUUGGUAUUGCAUUGUUUGCUUCGUUAGGUGGACUGGUCUAUGGAUACAACCAGGGAAUGUUCGCUCAGAUCCUCACGAUGCACUCAUUCAUCGAAGCGACCCAGGGAUACGCCCAGAAUACGGGAGUCAAACAAGGAAUGUUGACGGCCAUUCUCGAACUCGGUGCCUGGCUUGGAACUCUGAUCAAUGGCUACCUAGCUGAUGCCACCGGGCGGCGGGUCACUGUGGUCAUCGCUGUGGUUGUAUUUUGUGUUGGUGUUAUUGUCCAGGCAUGCACCAAGGAUCCCGGAUAUGUCUAUGCGGGUCGGUUCGUCACCGGUUUGGGUGUGGGUAAUCUGAGUAUGAUUGUGCCUUUGUAUAAUGCGGAACUGGCACCACCGGAAAUUCGCGGUUCUCUUGUUGCUGUGCAGCAACUCUCGAUUACAUUUGGCAUCAUGGUCAGCUUUUGGAUCGGUUAUGGAACCAAUUAUAUUGGAGGAACCGGUGUUGGACAGUCGAUUGCUGCUUGGGAGAUCCCCGUCUGCAUUCAGGUGAUUCCGGCUCUUGCUCUGGCGGCCGGGAUGAUUCUCUUUAUGCCCCAGUCCCCGCGACAUCUGAUGAACAAGGGACGAGACGAGGAAUGCCUUCAGACUCUGGCUCGUCUGCGGGAUGCUAGCGUCGACGACAUCUCCGUUCGCAUUGAAUAUCUCGAGAUCAAGGCUCUACGCGUGUUUGAGGAUGAGGUUGCCCGCAGGAAGUAUCCAAAUUACCAAGAUGGCUCGUUCAAGAGCCGCUUCAUGAUUGGCGUGAACGAUUAUUUGUCUCUCGUCACUGACAAGUCCUUGUUCAAGCGGACGACUGUGGCUUGCAUGAUCAUGGUCUUCCAGCAGUGGAACGGUAUCAAUGCGCCUCAAAUCUUCAAAGGGCUGCAGCUUGGCGGCAACACCACCUCUCUCCUUGCAACUGGUGUCGCUGGUAUCUUCGAGUUUGUUUUCACCAUCCCCGCCGUUAUCUGGGUCGACAAUAUCGGUCGUAAGAAAAUUCUUAUUGCCGGUGGUAUCGGCAUGGCUGUCUGCCACUUCAUCGUCGCGGGAAUCAUCGGCUCGUACUCGGGGGAUUUUGAGAACCAUAAGGCAGCGGGCUGGGUUGCCGUGGUGUUUGUCUGGAUCUUCAUUAUCAACUUCGCUUAUGCUUGGGGUCCUGUGGCAUGGAUUGUCGUGUCCGAGGUCUUCCCCCUGAGCAUGCGUGCCAAGGGUGUUAGUAUUGGUGGAAGCAGCAACUGGCUGAACAAUUUUGCCGUCGGUCUGUCUACUUCCCCCUUCAUCUCAGCGUCUGACUACGGUACCUUCAUCUUCUUCGGCGCUGUCACCACCAUUGGUGUCCUAUACGUCUGGUUCUUCGUUCCAGAGACCAAGGGUCGCACUCUGGAGGAAAUGGACGAAUUGUUCGGCUCGGGAGGCGUGGCGGCCGAAGAUGAAGCGCUCAAGCGGCGUAUUGAACGUGAGAUUGGGUUGUUGGCUCUCCUAGGUGAGGACCACGAAUCAAGUGAGGAGAAGAUGGCCGAGAAGGUGGAACAGGUGGACCACCAUGAUGGCGCCGUUCCCAAGACUGCCAACCUGUAG